AUGGGGAACAUGAUGAGCAUGGGGGGCAGCCCGGCAGCAGAAGGCGACACAAGCGCGCUCAAUCUGUACGCUUCUCGUCUGUCAGAGGCCGAAAUCCAGCGCUACACGGACGGAUAUCGCCGCAUCUGCCGCGUCGAAGCCACCAGCUCGUCAUCUUCUUCUCUAUCGUCUUCCAGUGCGCCUGUCCCUUUUCUGCACGGCGGUAGCUCUUCUAAUAAUAGCAGCAAUACAACAAGAGACGCCAAUCCAAUUACAGGAGCUGGCAACGCGCCUCUAUUAGAGAAGAAACUGUUCCGCAACAAGGUGCUCGGGGCGUUCACUAUGAUCCCGUACUCGCUGUCCGACCGUUUGUUUGAAGUGCUCGACACGGAGCGCUCGGGGCAGCUCAGUCUCAAGAACGUGCUGAGCGGCUUGGCGUGGCUCAAGCACGGCACGAGGGACGAGCACGUGCAGCUGCUGUUUAUCAUUUACGACCUCGAGCGAGUCGGCGAGGUCUCGCGCGAAGUUCUGGACAGGUUUAUGGACGUUAUUUACGGCCGGGAGCGAGCGCGACAGGGCUCGACCGUCCAGUAUCUUGACCGAGUUUUUGACGGUCGAGCUGCUGUGGACUUUCACGAGUUCCGGCAGAUGGUGCAGGAGAAAGAUGCACAUGGAGACGCUCUGCUAGUCAAGUGGCUGACAGUACUGGCAGAUAAGAUUGGUGCUGCAGACGAUCCAGAGAUCGUGGCGCUUGAGCAAACGUAUGACCCGGUGUUUAUACGUCAACGGAUUGUACAAACGACCGUGUUCUCGUUACUGGAAGUCACAGCUUUGGAAAAGCAGUUUCAGCAGAAAUUCCAUGCAAAAGGAGGAGCAGGUUCGAGGAUACCGAGUUGUCAAUUUGUUGAGGGGCUAAGUGCCAACGGACUAUUUCCCAAGGACGUGCUCGAGAGAUUUGGUACCUGUACAGCACUACCGAGCUUUGUGCAGUUUGACGAGUUGUGUCAAUUUCUGUCGGAUUUCUGCCGCGGCGUUUCGAACGAUGAUAAGGUGCAUCACCUUUUUCACAUUUAUAGUGAUCAGAGCACGAGAGCGCGCGUGGACGUUGGCGCGAUGAAGGAUCUCAUCCACGUGGGUAUGAAUUGUGAUACGAGUGGCUCAAAUGUAAAGACGAAGCGAGAAGAAGACCGACAUGUUGAAGAGAUUUUUGCAUCACCAAGAGCGGAGAUGGGAUGGGACCACGAAGCGUUUACUAGUUGGGCAACUGAAGUAGUCCCGGUACGGCGGCUGCUUCAUCAGCUGGCGUUUGCGGCGUGUGUGCUCUUUGAUCUGAAGCCAGAGGCAGCCCAACUUGAAAAACGAGUUGUGGAGUGGCACUGGCGACAAGCCACGCACAGCUUUGGCAUCGGACAAAUUUGGAACUUGGUGGGAGCCGAAUGGUGGCGAAAAUGGUGCGACUAUGUUAACAUGGAUCCGAGAAACGGGAGCCCGUACGGUUCAUUGCCUGUGCCACCAAUCCCGCCUGAUGUCGUCGUAGAAGCCGCCAAGAACAUCCGGGCCAAUAUUGCGUUGCGGGUCACCAGCUCGAAGAAUAAUGUUGGUAGCCACCCACCUCGACCCGGGCCAAUUACUAAUUGGAGUCUUCUUAUGCAAAGUGGAUGCCGGAGGCUGAAGCAGAAUCUAGUGUUGGCGCGUGACUUUCAUAUGAUUCCGUUAUCAGUUUACACCCUUUUACUUUCGUGGUACAGCGGAGGACCUGACUUGGUACGUUCGAUCGUAAAGGCCCCCACAAGCACGGAACUCGACUUUCAAGUCGAAUUGUUUCCGCUAGUUUUACGUGUCGCUCGCGUGGAUUCUGCGACUGGUAGCGUGAUUCGAUCAGGAGAAGAGAUUCUGCUCAGCAAAUUGAGCACCCCGGCCAGCCUCCUUGAGGCUACUUGCCGCGUUCUGCUUUUGGCAAAGCUUAUUGACAAAGCACGUUUGUGGUACUUCAACGAGACAUCACCCGAGCGCAAAAUGCGCUUGCGCGACGAGUAUCCUCUUGAGUUGCAAAAGCUGACACAAGACAGUGUCUUUUUGCUCGAAAUCCAAGAUGACGACGGAUCGUGGCCACUUUCUCAAGCCGAUAAUACGGUUAUAUCGUCGGCAUCCGACACCGCUGCCCAUCAGCCAACCAAAGCAAAAGGAAACGGUCGAGCAAGUGAAAACGAUGCCGGUGCAGUUUUGCGGAAACGAGAGCACCGUCCAUCGUCACGAACGUCUGAUAUCUGUUCCCGCGGCAAUCUAGGGGAGGUGCUGGCACAGCGUGGGCCCGGUGGUGACGUUGGUUCGCCGACAGUAGAAGUAGAUCUGGUGUCUUCUGUCGUAAGAAAACGUUUUUCGGAGGACGCGUUCAAAGGUCCUGGUUUGGUUGGUCUCGACAACCUUGGCAAUACGUGCUACAUGAGUAGUGCUCUGCAAUGUCUAAGCCACACACGUCUGCUGGUCGAAUACUUUAAGAACGAGGCAUACCUCAACGACAUUAAUUUACGAAACCGUGAUGGCACCAAUGGAAGAUUGACUGCAGCAUUUGGCGAAUUGCUUCGAGUUCUCUGGAGUUCCGACCGCAAACGUUUUGCUCCAAGCGAGUUCAGAAAGAUACUUGCAAAGUGCAGUCCGCAGUUCGCUGGGUCAAACCAGCACGAUUCGCAGGAGCUGCUUGCAUGUUUGUUGAGCAGCCUCAGUGAAGAUCUAAAUCGUGUGGUAAAAAAAACCUACACCCAGCAGCCCGAUAGCGACGGGCGACUCGAUGCUUUGGUGGCAGAAGAGUGGUGGCAGAAUCACCAGAAACGUGAGUUGUCCGUAAUUGUCGCACUAUUUACCGGUCAGUACAAGAGUUUGUUGGAGUGUUCGAUUUGCCGGUAUGAGUCGGCUCGAUUUGAGCCGUUUACCUUCCUGCAGCUUUCACUACCCGAAAGCAACGCACGGUCGAUUGUGCUGACAAUAUUCUUCCGUACCGAUCGUGUACCUUUGCGCUUUUCAGUGCGAGUGCGAAAGAGUGGUACAGUUCAGCAGAUAAAAGAGCAGGUAGCUGCAUUUUUGACAGAAGCGGACGAUGGAACUGUUGAUUCUGAUACAGUCGAGGACAAAGCAAGUUGUGCAACUGUGUCUGAUGGUGGUGACAGAAGGGCAAAUGUGGUCAUUGCACGCACCUCGAGUUUACGCAUUGUGGAAUCCCUUUUGGAUGGUAAUCUACCACUGACCCAGAUUCGUGAAAAGGAUGAGCUAAGUGCGUUUGAACUUGAUCCCGAACUGGAAUUAUGUGCUCCACAAGUUGUUGCUGGGUCUAUUCAUGCAUCAGGUAAUCUGGCGAGUGAUCGUGCUGACCAAGCAGCACUUGUUGAAGGUUUGUGUGAGAAAGAAACAGCACAGGAGAGUAUAAAAGGUUUAACGGAGGAGGAUACUGCAAAAGUUGACAGUAAAGCUUUUGUUCACGGAACCCUUCCUACAAUUGGAGGAGAUCAGAGUGUUGCUGAAGACGAUGAAAACAAGCAAGAUGAUGAUCUCUUGCCACCCGGAACGUCUGUCUACGUUUGCAUUGACAAAACGAAGCGUGCGGUGGCAGCGCGCGUGACUGGCAGCAGUGUCAAGUCAGGCACAGUUAAUGUCGCGUAUCCAUCCGGUGCUCGACGGUAUCAUAUUCCGUAUUCAAAAGUGGUUGAACGUCGUCAAGAUGAUGCGUUCAUAUUUUUAGUGCAUCGCUGCAUCGAUCGGUCGAGUGACAAUUUCACCAACGCGCAUGCGACGCGACUUUUUGGUGCGCCGUUGGUCAUCCGUGUAUCUCUCCGAGCAACGACAGUUUAUGACCUCUACCUUCUCGUCUGGAAUCGAUUGCGGCGGAUAUUUAAUUGGCAUCAACCCCCGCUCUCGUCCGAUAUUACAGUAGAUAGGUGCGCUCAGAGGCGAAUUCGGACAGAUGCGUCUUCGUUGGCUCUCGGAGCACACCUUUCUUUGACGAAGUUUGGGUUUUGCUUGCGGCUUGUCACGUCGCAUGGAAUAGGGUGCUCCCGCUGUGAGUGGAUCGACGGGUGUUUGGGAUGCGUGCUGUUGCCAUCAUCACAGAGAGUGGUUCCACUCGCAGCGGAGGAAACGGUGGCGAUAGACUGGGAUAUCCGUACCCUCAAGAGGGAAUACGACCCAAUUCAAGCAAGUCAACUAGACUGUGAUGCGUCCGUUCAGCAGCAUCAGCGACAAGACAACCAGCCCCUUAACCUGGCACAUUGCAUGGAAAUGUUUACCGCUAAAGAGACUAUUCCUGAGGCAUACUGUGGUCACUGCAAGACUUUGCGCCCUGCUACAAAGAAGAUGGAUUUCUGGCGUCUGCCGCCACUGCUUGUUAUCCAGCUGAAGCGCUUCUGUUUUACUCAAGUGUCGCGGCGAAAAUUGCACCAUCUCGUAGACUUUCCGCUGAAAGGCUUGAAGUUCGGUGAUUAUGUUGCUCGGAAGCGUGGUCCACGUAGUCGACUGGCAGGCCUCGAAUAUUGGUUAUUUCUGGGUGGCAAGCUCAAGGCAGAACCAGACGCCGAAAAGUGUGAAACCUCAACGGUCAGCGGAACUUUGAAGCAAGCAAGGCCAGCGUUUCCACGGCGAAUCUCGUCAUCAGCACUAGAUGCCCCUGCUGCUGCAACUGCUGCAGUACGUGAUGAUGACAGAUUUCUGUACGACUUGUAUGCUGUUGUGAAUCAUGUGGGUGCUUUGGGAGGAGGCCACUAUUUUGCUUACGUGCUGAGCGACCAUGACGGAAAGUGGAAAUGCUUCAAUGACCAUCAAUGCAAGGACAUUGACGAGAAGGAGGUUGUGUCCUCGAUGGCGUACAUUUUGUUUUACCGUAGACGGGACACCGCUCACUUGUCGAUCGAGCAACUCUUCCCACCUUUACCGGACGAUCCAUCUGGAAAUGGGGCAGUCACCGACGAGGAGGCUGCAAGCAAUAAAGCACAGGUGGAGGAGUUGCUGCAACGGUCGAAGUUAACUGCUUCAGACAGCGCGAGCAAUUGCAUUCUUAGUUGA